AUGGACGGAAGCAACACGAACCCUUUUUACCCAAUAUCCGAGCUCAAUGAAGAACAAAGGCAAACUUUGAGAACCUUGGCCAAUCUUUCAGAAGCAGACUUGAGAAAAGUCACGUUUCUAGCCACCCUUCACAUGAUCUCUCGCGGCCCUCAUGUAACGUCUACCCCUCUCAGAGAGUGGCAACCUCCAAGCACUACCACAGCUGGACCUUCAGACAAUCUUGACACCGAGGACCUUCCAGGUCGAAGCGAGUUCUGCAACGAUGCUUCGUGUCCCUGCAACUCCAUUAACUCCCCUGCUGACACCUCCAACAACUCUGCCCCUCAAAAUGAAGCUCGUGGGGGUUUCUUUGGCGAUAAUCCGAUGUUCACGGUCGAUCAUGAGCUUUGCGAAGAUCAUGCUCGCAUGUGUGGAGGUGAGUACUGCUACGAGUCGUCCGAGUAUUCUGACUACUCCGAAUCUCCUGGAGACGACAGCGAGAUGGAAGAUCUCGACGACUUUGGUAAGAUUUCAGUAGAUGUUGAUGAUUACGUCUACCUUGACGCGGAUGGAAAUGAGCUGGACUCCGAGGGGCCUGGAUUGUCAGAUUUGAGAUACGACUUUGAGAGUAUGGUGUGUUCAAAUGAAGAAGACGAAAACCAAGAGUAA